CCCGUACAUCCAAUUUCUUUGUAUUACUGCAAAACGCUUAUAAAGCAUUCCAAAAGGGAAUUAGUAACGAGAAAGUUUUGCAACUGUUGAUGUUUUUAGUUCGAACAAGAUGAAGGAACUACUUAAACAGCCGUGUUUCGGUGUUUUGUUGUAGCAAUUGACCAGUAAUUCGAAUAUACAACGAUGCUUUAUAGAUUUUUCAGAGAUAGUUAUUGGGGAGUUAUAAUUAACAAGCUUUCCCAUCAUAAGUAUUUUCCUCAAAAGGAAGAGCUACCAGGGUAUGUCAUCCCGGAGAAGUACUUGCAAGGCCCAAGCGAGUCAUCUGAGUGCAGCUCUGACAGCAAAUGCAAUCCGGAGAAAGAGUGUUCUGAGGAAGUUGAAAAUAAAAUCAUUGUCACUUGGGAUGGUGAAGAUGAUAUGGAAAAUCCACAGAAUUGGCCCCGGUUUCAAAAGGCCAUCUUCAUGUUUAAUAUUUUCUUCCUAACCAUUUCAGUUUAUAUUGGUUCUGCAAUUUAUACUCCUGGUAUUGAAGAGGUAAUGCAUGUAUUUGAUGUUGACCAAAAUGUUGCUACUUUACCCCUUACAUGUUUUGUUGUUGGGUAUGGAACAAGUAUUUUUCUGCCUCUUUCUGAAAGUGCUAAAUAUGGAAGAACUCUGCUUUAUAUUACUACUUUAUUUGCUUUCUUUAUUCUUCAAAUUGGAACUGCUUACUCUCAAAAUAUUCAAACCUUGUGUAUUCUUAGAUUUUUAGCGGGGGUAUUUGGAUCUCCUUGCUUAGGUACUGGGAAUGCUUCCAUGGGAGAUAUUUUACCAAUCAGUCAAUUAUUGAAUGGGGUUGCUCUUUGGUCAAUUUCUGCUAUUUCUGGUCCUUCAUUAGGUCCUGUUAUUGGUGGUGCUUUAGUUAAUAAAUGGAAUUGGAGAGCUCCUUUUUGGUUUAUGGUUUGUUCAUCUGGUGUUUCUUUCUUGAUCUUCAGUUUUUUCUUACCUGAAACUUAUGGGAAAACUUUAUUAUAUAGAAAAGCUAUCAGAUUGAGAGCAUUAACUGGCAAUGAAAAUAUAAUCAGCGAAGGAGAAAUUGAAGAUCAAAAACAUAGUACCACUGACUUUUUCUUAAACUUGGCCUGGAGACCUUUUGAAAUAAUGUUUUUUGAACCGAUGGUUCUUUUGAUUGACAUUUAUACAUCCUUGAUGUAUGCUCUUAUGUAUACUUGGUUUGAGGCAUUCCCUUUGUUGUAUAUGAAUACUUAUGGCUUUACUUUGGUUGAAUCUGGAGUUGUUUUUUUGGUCUUAGUCCUUUCCCAAUUAAUUGGAACUUUAGUGUAUAUUCCAAUAAUUACAAGAACUUACACUCAACCUCUUGUUGCUGGUAAAGAGGUCUCACCAGAAGUCUUUCUUCCAUUGUCCAUUGUGGGAAGUAUCUUGAUGCCAAUUGGCUUGUUCAUGUUUGGUUGGAGCGGAACUAAUUCUGUUCAUUGGAUCGUUUCAAUAAUCGGUGCUGGGAUUUUCGGCUUCGGUGCUUUCUUCGUUUUCCAAACUUUAUUCAACUACUUGGCCUUUAGUUUCACCCAUUAUUUAGCUUCGGUAUUUGCUGGUAAUAAUAUGAUGAGAUCAACUUUGGCAGCAUUUUUCCCAAUCAUCGGUAGAUAUGCAUUCAACAAUUUAGCCAUAGAAAAAUUUCCAGUAGCCUGGGGAUCUACAGUCUUAGGAUGUAUAACUACCGUUAUGAUAUUAAUACCUACCUUGUUUUAUAUUAAUGGACCAAAGUUGAGAGCUAGAUCAAAGUAUUCAAAUAUCAAUCAAUAA